ACAGGAACCAUCAGUAUUUUUUUUCCCCGCAAGGAAAGUACAAACCGAGACGUUUGGUCUGGGGUAAGAAAAUACCGCCGAAUCUCAAAAGCAGAUUGCGACACAGAUAUAUGAAGGAUCUACUGUAGACUUGUAAAGCUUUCCGGGGACAGCUGAGACUGUCCUGUAAUGUUCACAGACAUGGACUAUGACUUGGAGGAGGAUAAACUGGGAAUCCCCACUGUUCCCGGCACCGUGACUCUAAAGAAAGAUGCUAAUAAUCUUAUUGGCAUCAGUAUAGGAGGUGGAGCACAAUACUGUCCUUGUCUAUACAUUGUCCAGGUUUUCGAUAACACCCCCGCAGCUGUGGAUGGGACUCUGGCAGCAGGAGAUGAAAUCACUGGUGUGAACGGGAAACCAGUGAAAGGGAAAACGAAGGUGGAGGUGGCUAAGAUGAUUCAGGCUGUCCAGGGAGAAUCAGUGAUCCACUACAACAAGCUGCAGGCUGACCCCAAACAGGGGAAGUCUCUGGAUAUAGUGUUGAAGAAAGUCAAACAUCGCCUCGUGGAGAACUUAAGCUCCGGCACAGCAGACGCUCUGGGACUGAGCAGAGCUAUUCUCUGUAACGAUGGGUUAGUAAAAAGACUGGAAGAGUUGGAGAAAACAGCAGAGCUCUACAAAGGGCUGAUGGAGCACACCAAGAGGCUGCUGCGAGCCUUUUUUGAGCUUUCUCAAACUCACAGAGCUUUUGGAGACGUCUUCUCAGUCAUCGGCGUGCGAGAGCCUCAGGCUGCAGCCAGCGAGGCUUUUGUGAAGUUUGCAGACGCUCAUCGCAACAUCGAGAAAUACGGCAUCCAGCUGCUAAAAACCAUCAAGCCUAUGCUCCAUGAUCUGAACACAUACCUUCACAAGGCCAUCCCUGACACCAAACUCACCAUCCGCAAGUAUCUGGACGUGAAGUUUGAAUACCUGUCCUACUGCUUAAAGGUGAAGGAGAUGGAUGAUGAAGAGUACAGCAGUAUUGCCAUGGGAGAACCUCUGUAUCGCGUCAGCACAGGAAACUACGAGUACCGCUUGAUCCUGAGGUGUCGACAGGAAGCUCGCGCUCGCUUUGCUAAGAUGAGAAAGGACGUCCUGGAGAAGAUCGAGCUGCUGGAUCAGAAACAUGUUCAGGACAUCGUGUUCCAGCUGCAGCGCUUCGUCUCUGGCAUGUCCCAUUACUACGAUGAGUGCUACGCCGUCCUCAAAGAGGCGGACGUCUUCCCCAUCGAGGUGGACCUCUCUCGUACCACGAUUAACUACAGCAGCCAGUCCCUCUCGUACACUGAAGAUGAAGACGAAGAGGCCGGGGAGGACAGCGGGAACAGACAAGCCGAGAACGGAGCAGAAAAACUAAUUGAUGACGAUUGAGUGUCUGCUUUUUAAUGGUUUCAUUUUACUUUAGCACUAACCAAACAGAUAUGAAGCUGCACAGCAUUUACUGUUGCUGCUAGAAAGCUUGAUGUUUGGGGUUUCCUGCAGACUAACACCUGAGUGGGUGAAUUGAUCACUGCACAUUUUGACUUGAUUCUCUUUUGACCAAAAACAUUCUGAAUUUGGCGUCAGUGAUAGAUAAUAUCAGUUUUAACUGUCAAAUAUAAUCUUUUCUCUGCUGUUACAGUUGACUUUUGAUUUGUUGGUUUUCAGGUAAAAAUACCUUUGGUUAAUGGGUGACCCAGUACUCUCCCUCCAAAAAUUGGCUCUGCCACAGUUAGAUGUCAUUCAUGUACUUUUAGCCUCUAUUAAAAAAAAUCUAACAUUUUUUUGUUAUUUAAUUAUGUUUGCAUUUCUGCUGUGCAUUCUUAAUAAGUUUAACAAAAAACAUGUUUUAUGCUGUCAGCACUUCAUGUUAAGUCUGUGCUUAAUAGAACAUUUAUGGAAAAGUCAGCUGUUAUGUUUAUUGUUUACUUUCACUUUAUUUAUUCUAUUUUUAAAAAUAUGUUUGAACUCUAAAAGUUAAAAAUUGUAAAAAAUCUAUUGCUUUUUUUGUUAACCUAUUCUUUAAGUGACCACUGGAGGGCAGCAUUGCUGGGUUCUGUACACUAAAGGGUAGAAUUACUCUGUAAUCUUCUGCUGUUAUAUGUUUUGAUUGAUUCCAAAAAGCUGAAAAAUUAUUUAAGGGAUAUUUUGUACAUGCCGUUGUUCAACAGCUAAACAUUUUUAAUUAUUGUAUAUAUUUAUUUAGGCCCUAAAUAAAAAUUCCUCAAAUACUAAACACAA